GGGGGCUCACAACUCCCCCUUUCCCCCGACUCCGACCUCCCGGCGGCGGGGCGCAUGCGCAAUGCCUCCCCGUGAGGGAGGAGAGAAGAUGGCGGAAGCGGAACUGAAAGAACAUUGCACUGCUAUGGAGAAUGAAUCAAAUGCAACGACGUGUUCUGCAUGUACAACUACCAUCACCACCACCUCCUCCUCUCGGACACAACCACCACAGAUAUCUGUCUACAGUGGCUCCGACAGACAUGCUGUACAGGUUAUUCAACAGGCCUUGCAUCGUCCCCCUAGCUCAGCUGCUCAGUAUCUUCAGCAGAUGUAUGCAGCCCAACAGCAGCAUUUAAUGUUGCAGACUGCCGCUCUACAACAGCAGCACUUAAGCAGUACCCAGUUUCAGAGUCUGGCAGCUGUUCCGCAGGCAAGCCUGUCGGGUGGAAGGCAGUGUUCAUCCCCUACUGGGAGCGUCACUCAGCAGUCAAGAAUGUCACAGACCUCGAUUAACCUUUCCACUUCUCCUACACCUCCACAAUUAAUAAGCCGUUCGCAGACCUCCAACACUACUAGCAGCAGUAUAACCCAACAGACGAUGUUGCUGGGGAGCACUUCUCCUACCCUGAGUGCAAGCCAGGCUCAAAUGUACCUCCGAGCACAAAUGCUGAUUUUUACUCCUGCUACCACUGUGGCUGCUGUCCAGUCUGACAUUCCUGUUGUCUCAUCAUCUUCCUCCUCUUCCUGUCAGUCUGCAGCUACUCAGGUUCAGAACUUAACAUUGCGCAGUCAGAAGUUGGGCGUAUUGUGUAGUUCACAGAAUGGCCCACCAAAGAGCAGUAGUCAAACUCAGUCAUUGGCUCUAUGUACUAAUAAAACUGUAACUGGUACCAAGGCCAGCCAACCGGAUUCUCCAGACAGCAACAGAAAAGGAGAGAGCCCAACGUCUGAAUGUCGAAGUACAUCUGUCACACGGACAUCAAGUAUACAUCAGUUAAUAGCACCAGCUUCAUAUUCUGCAAUUCAACCUCAUUCUCUAAUAAAACAUCAGCAGAUACCUCUUCAUUCACCACCUCCAAAGAUUUCCCAUCAUCAGCUGAUAUUACAACAGCAGCAAGUUCAGCCAAUCACACUUCAGACUCCUCUUAAUCAGGAACCACCUCCAUCACAACACUAUGUUCCACUCCAAAGCCAUGGUCUUCCUCCAGUUCCCAAUAGUGUCCAGUCACAACAUUGCUCACCUGUUCACAUCCAUCCUCCUCCUUUAACAAUAUCUCCUACUCCAUCCUCGUCAGCUCAGCAGUCAGUAGUGGUGUCUCCUACACCUGCUCAUUCACCUAGUCAGUCGCCCACCAUAAUAAUUCAUCCACAAGCACUUAUUCAGUCACAACCACAUCCUCUUAUGCCAUCAGCUCUACAGUCGGAGCCGAACCCACAGCAGCCCACUACUAGUCAAGUACGACCAGUAGCACAACAGCUUAAUCUUCCAUCCCAUCUUACAGUUCCACCUUCCCCAGUAGUACACAUUGGACCAGUAGAUCAGCCGAACUUGAUGUCCCCGGGCCAGCAGACAGUGUCUCCAACACCACACCAGCAAUAUCCAACCUUACAGUCCGUGCCAAUCCCAAUUGCAACCCCUCCACAGCUGUCAACAUCUCCAACCCAGAUUCAACAACUGCCCUUGCAGUCUGUGCAAUCUUUACAAAUGCAGCCUGAAAUUCUAUCCCAGGGCCAGGUUUUGGUGCAAAAUACUUUGGUUUCUGAGGAGGAGCUUCCUGCUGCAGAAGCUUUGGUCCAGCUGCCAUUUCAGACUCUUCCGCCACCACAGACUGUUGCAGUAAACCUUCAAGUACAACCAUCGGUACCUGUUGAAACCCCUGUGAUUUACCAAGUGGAGAACGUGUGUGAGGAAGAGAUGCCAGAGGAGUCUGAAUGCGUCCGUAUGGUUAGAACUCCUACCCCACCAACCUUGUCUCCACCAGUCAUAACCUUAGGGAAUGGCGAGGAGCUUGCUUCAGAGGCGCCUUUGUCAGAACAAGUGGGACUUCCUGCAAUGGCAUCAUCAGUCAGUGCCUCAGUAAUUAAAUCUCCAUCAGACCCUUCACAUGCCUCUAUUCCACCACCUCCUCUUUUGCUUCCAGCAGCUGCCACAAGGAGUAACAUCACAUCAAUGCCUAAUAGCAUUCCUAGCCUAGAAAACAAACCUCCACAGGCUAUCGUUAAACCACAGAUCUUGACCCAUGUUAUUGAGGGCUUUGUGAUUCAGGAGGGUUUAGAGCCAUUUCCUGUAAGUCGUUCAUCUCUGCUGGUUGAGCAACCUGCAAAAAAAAGGCUCCUAAUCGAGGGUCAGGUCAUGAGUGUCAUGUGUGUUGAGUCAGAGCUGCAGAACAAUACAAAACAUGCAGAGAACUCCUCAGACACAGAGAUAGAGGACAUCAUUACUGAAGAGGGACUAGAUGAAAUGGAAAAUGAUCUCCUGAAGUGUGAGUUUUGUGGAAAAAUGGGAUAUGCUAAUAAGUUCCUACGGUCAAAGCGAUUCUGCUCCAUGUCCUGUGCCAAAAGGCACAACGUUAGUUGCACUAAAAAAUUUGGGCUGUUUACAUCAGACAAGAACAGUCGUUGGAAUCGGAAGUCAGAUAGCCAAAGUCUUGGACGAUGUGCGCGUCGACCAAGUGGCUCUGAUGGGGCAUCACGAGAGCACUUCCUUAGACAGCUUCCAAUUACUUAUCCAUCUGCAGAAAAUGAUUUGGCUUCUCAUGAUGAUGCUGUGCCAGCUGCCAUGACCACUCGUCUGCGAAGACAAAGUGAGAGGGAAAGAGAGCGUGAACUUAGGGAACUAAAAAUUAGGAAAAUGCCAGAGAAUGUUGACUUGCUACCAUCUGUACAAGCUGACCCAUCAAUGUGGACAGUUGAUGAAGUUUGGGCCUUCAUACGUUCUUUGCCUGGUUGUCAAGAUAUUGCAGAUGAAUUUAGAGCACAAGAGAUUGAUGGACAGGCCCUUCUCUUGUUGAAAGAGGAUCACCUUAUGAGUGCAAUGAACAUUAAGCUGGGACCUGCACUGAAAAUUUGUGCACGCAUCAACUCAUUGAAGGAGUCCUAG